AUGUUGCAAACACGGCCGACGGUCCUAUGCCCGCUGACGCUCACUGGACUACUUCACCACCUGCUCGCCAAUCAGUCCCGCACAUGUCCAACACUGCUCAUCAUUUGCUCGAGUCGAGACGUCUUCCUCCAAGACGUUGCCACUUCACUACAGCAACACCAUGGUGAACAAGACCCAGCCAGCACGGAGCAAUUGAUUGCGCCCACGCUACACAACUUAGUUACCACAACGCACAUUCAACUCGUCUUUUGCACGUCUGUGCAGGCCUUGUUAGCCUACCUGACUGCAUACGGCCGGCCCGGGGCCCCCGGGGUCGUCGGUGAUACUCAAGGAAAAGAGAAGAUCGUGUUGGUGAACCCGCUCACUCUGCAUGCAUCGACGCCAUCGUUUUCAGCCCAAGGCCUCUCAAGGUGCUUUGCGACUGUGGCUGAAACAGCUCUCAGGGCUGGCGUCCAGCUUCACGUCGUGGAAUGCGCAGGAAAACGUAAAAUCGUUGAAAAUUCCGACGACGAGGACAUGGAUAUGGACACUGAGCAAGAAGGAACCCAGGCUGAGACAGAUGACGAAGAUCCAUGGGAACAAGAAGUGUCCAUCUUGAAUGUCUCAGCACGGAGAUUUGGUUCUGGGCCUGGUGAGCGAGCGUGGGCGCGUCGCACUGUCAAGGCGAAGAGCAUCGCAGCAAGGUGGUUUCACUUCCGCACACUUGGAGAUGCGCAAGCACAUCAAGGCCAUGGGUGA